AUGAAUGAUAAGAACUCCUUGCAACGACAAGUAACCGGUAUUAUUCUUGGCUGUGGUAGCCGUGGUCAAACAUAUGCUGAAUAUGCUCGACAUCUGCCUAAUCGUUUUCGACUAGUUGCUAUUGCGGAACCUCGACCAUCAGUUCGUCAUAAACUUCAACAGCUGUAUUCACUCGAUGAUCAGCAUGUCUAUGAUGAUUGGCGUCGAUUGAUUGCACCGGACGUUUCACGUUUGGCCGAUUGUGUCCUCAUUACAUUGCCUGAUCGAGAACAUUAUGAAGCCGCACUAGAGCUUGCUGCUAAAGGUUAUCAUAUUCUGCUCGAAAAACCAAUGGCUACAAAACUCGAACAUUGCAAACGUAUUGUCGCCGUAUGUCAAGAACAUAAUGUUAUUUUAGCUGUCUGUCAUGUUCUGCGUUAUUUACCUGUUGUAAAAAAAAUCAAACAGCUACUUGAUAAUAAUGUCAUUGGAAAACUUGUUUCAAUUCAACACAUUGAGGGUGUCGGAUUCUGGAGUUUCGCUCAUGCGUACGUUCGUGGUAAUUGGCAUAGUGAACGCGACAGUUCAUUUUCACUUCUUACUAAAUGUUGUCAUGAUCUUGACCUUAUUCAAUAUUGGAUGCAACCACGACGAUGUAUCUAUGUAUCAAGUUUUGGUAAACUUAAGCACUUUACAAAAGAAAACAAACCAGAUGGUGCUAGUGAACGAUGUUUAACUUGCUCGGUCGAACAGACUUGUCCUUAUUCAGCGAAAAAGCUGUAUUUGGACAUACCAAAUCGAGGUUUUCCAGUGUCAGUGGUAGUACCAGAUAUUGAAGAUGGCGAAGAUAGGACUAGUAUACGGACAAAAGUAAUAAAAGCACUUGAAACAGGUCAUUAUGGUAAAUGUGUAUAUGGUGAUUGCGAUAAUGAUGUUGUCGAUCAACAAGUGGUAAUACUGAAUUUUGACGACGGUAAAUUUUGUUUUUCAAAAAUGAAUGAAAAGAGUGAAAAUUAUAGUUCAGAUUUGCAACAAAGGAACGAAGGUUGA